UUAUAAGGUCAACGCACCAGCUAUGCUAUCUGGAGCCGACCUUCGAGCGUCCGUUGAAGAGCACAUCUGGACCUCAUCCCGUGGCGCCCACAUCAAGCUGAGCUCGAGCCCUUUCGAGGUCACAGUCCAAGCACGAUCUUGAUCCGAGCCCACUAUUGAUGUGGCGAGAUCUCAAGACUGUGGGAUGAUGCGCUCAGAUCCGUCAUCGUCAUCGUGGCGGAGAUUACGGGACGGGAUAGGAAGACCUCGAGACCAGAGUCGCACGUGGAAUGCGCAUCUUAGAAAGCAUGCCAGCGUAUCACUCAUGACUUUAGGAACAAUAAUGAUCACAAUAGAAAGCCAGGCUCAUGUGGCCCAGUCUUGCGCUUUAAGACGCUUGAUACCAACGAGUCAACUCCACCUAGCUAUUCAUCAUGAACUCGGAUUCAUCAAUCGACUUUCACAGAAUCAGCGGUCGGCUACGUUACGUUGGGAUAAUCAAAUCAUCAGUCUCGCCGUGCCAUGCAAGCUACUUCUUGUUCAGGUCGAUGGACCCGCUUUUAGGAUGAAGUGGAACCUAGCCUUUUUAUUGAAAUGAGCAAAUCCUUAGCAGUCGAUCACGCUCACUGGCGUUUACAGGCGCAUACCUAUUCAACAAAUGUUACCACUUGGAGUCAGUCCAUUACAUCACGCAUUGAGACUGCACGCCCUCAACGCGCUUCCUACAGCAAAGUGGUGUGGGUA